AUGUGGUACAAACAUCAAAUCCCCCGAAAGCUUGAAGGAAAACCAAAGUUUAACCUUUUGGCCAUCAUUUCAAAAGAACCCAUGAAUUCCAGCCAAAAUACAAAAUUCCUAAUGCUUGGACUAUCAGAUCUCCCCGAGCAGCAGAUCUUGUUAUUUGUAAUAUUUUUGGUUAUGUACCUUCUAAACCUUGUCGGAAACUCAACCAUUAUUUUCCUUGUGAGAACCAACUCCCACCUUCGCACCCCCAUGUACUUUUUCUUAGGGAAUUUGUCUUUUGUUGACAUGUGUUACACCUCAACCAUUGUCCCAAACAUGUUGGUGAACAUUAUAUCUAAAGACAAGUCCAUCCCAUUGAUCGACUGUAUCUCUCAGCUGUAUUUUUUCCUGUGUUUUGCUUGCACAGAAUGUUUUCUCUUGGCAGUGAUGGCCUACGACCGGUUCAUGGCCAUCUGCAAUCCAUUACACUACAUGUCGAUUAUCAGUAGAAGAAGUUGCAUUAUUCUGGUGACCUCUUCAUGGUUGGCUGCCGCUCUACAUUCGCUGUUACAUAGUAUGAUGGUUUCAACAUUGACCUUUUGUGGUUCCAACAAGAUCUAUCACUUCUAUUGUGACAUGGCACCGCUCUUGCAAGUGGCUUGCUCCGACAUCUCACUGAACAAAUUGUUGAUCUAUACAGAAGGCGGCCUUCCAGUUUUAAUCCCAUUCCUCAUAGUUUUGUAUUCCUACGUGAAAAUUAUCUCAUCCAUCCUCAAAAUCCGCUCAGUUGAUGGAAGAUACAAAGCCUUCUCCACCUGUUCCUCACAUCUCACCGUGGUCAUCCUAUUUUAUGGGACAAUCGCCUUUAUGUAUCUCCGUCCAUCUUCUAGGUCUUCAGUAAAUUAUGACAGGGUUGUGAGUGUUGUCUAUACCGUGGUGGCGCCAAUGUUAAAUCCUUUUAUUUAUAGCUUGAGAAAUAAGGAGGUCAAAGGGGCAUUAGUUUCUUUUGUCAAGGGGGUUUCUGUUAGACAAUUGCUUAUCCGGUUAAAUGUCACUCAGAAAAGCAGACUGCAGAAUUCGAGUGGAGUCCCUUUAACUUUCAUAGAGCUCUGA